CGGUCUGAAAAUGAAAGAGAUGGCACAGACGUGAUGAAUUCCGCGGAGAUGGCGGUCGUAGCAGUGUCUCUGUGCGUGCUGGUGGGGAUCGUGUUUGUGUGUGAGAUUGCGCGGAGAGCGACUCUGAACUUGCUCACCGGAAAGAGGCGAGAUUGCGGAAUCUACGCAGCGGAGAUCAUUUCUACGAUUCAGCUCUGCGCAUGCUCUCACGAGUUGAAGCUGCUGUCCGAAGAUGCACCCGAAAUCGCCCUGAGCUUCACCUACGUUAUAACAGUGGUCCACGCGCUGACGUUCCGCGGCGCUACCGGUAACCCCACCGCGAUGCUCGAGCGCUACUGGUGCGACUCUCUGGGCGGCGCGUGCGCACUGCGGAGGACCGCAUGCCAGUUUGCGGCGGCCGUUGCGGCGGGUUUGGCCAUGCGCCGCGCGUGGGCUCUCGGAUUCUCGGAUCUGCACGUGCGCCACGAGCGCUCCGGCUUCGCGUGCGCGAGUCCGCUCGCGAACGUGCAUCUGCUGGAAGCCGUGGCCGUGGAGCUCGCGUGCGCCUUUGUUGUGCACGCCGUGGUGACUUUCACGCGCGGUGUGGAAGAGAAGUACAGAGUGCACGCUGUAGCCGCGGUGAUCACGACAGUAGUGUAUGCAGGUGGCAGUACAACAGGAGCAGUGUUUAACCCGGCGCUGGCUUUCUCAGCACAGUUCCCCUGCAGCGGCAGCACAUUUGCAAAGAACAGCCUCGUCUACUGGCUGGGACCGGUUUUAGGCGUGGCAUGCUCUCUCCUGCUGUUUAAUAAAGUCAUUCUGGCUUUUACUGCAAAGAGCACAACUCAUAAGGACCAGAACCUCCAUGCUGUACAGAAGAAGAGAAACUAAACAAAACUGCAAGCGUGAACACGUACCGUCGGUCACGAGAAAGCUUUAAACGCUUUUUAAUGUUUUAAAAUGUUAAUUUUUAAGACUAUAAGUACAGUAAGGUACCGGUUUUAUUAGUACCUGAAAUAAGGGUUGGUUGAAAUGGAUUGUUUAUUUUAUUUUAUUUUUUACCUAGUCUUACAGACAUCCUGCAAUGGUGAGAACGGUUAGGACGUAUAAAUGUGUAUGU